GAGACUAGUUUUGCCCAAUCAGGAUCCGCAAAUCCUGAAGUCGCAUCUCCAUUGGUUGAAAUGAAGCUGCACUCUUAACCUAUGACAUGUCUGCUUUUUCGCGCCCAAUAUGGUUAUAAAAAGCGCCACCCGUAGAUUUUGGCUUUACUUGUAACAGGUAGGGAACUGAUCCAGGUCAGUAUGUCUGGACGCGGCAAGCAGGGAGGCAAAGCUCGCGCCAAAGCCAAGACCCGCUCUUCCCGGGCCGGCCUUCAGUUCCCCGUGGGCCGAGUGCACCGUCUGCUCCGCAAGGGCAACUAUGCCGAGCGGGUCGGAGCCGGCGCCCCGGUGUACCUGGCGGCGGUGCUGGAGUAUCUGACCGCCGAGAUCCUGGAGCUGGCGGGCAACGCGGCUCGCGACAACAAGAAGACGCGCAUCAUCCCGCGCCACCUGCAGCUGGCCAUCCGCAACGACGAGGAGCUCAACAAGCUGCUGGGCAAAGUCACCAUCGCUCAGGGCGGCGUCCUGCCCAACAUCCAGGCCGUGCUGCUGCCCAAGAAGACCGAGAGCCACCACAAAGCCAAGUGAGGAGCGAGGUUAGGAAAACCGAAAAACAAAGGCUCUUUUCAGAGCCACUUAAA